AGAAGGAAUCAAAAAUUAUUAUCAGACCAAGAUCGAGGAGGCAGAAUUAAUAAUAAAUGAGAAAACGCAAAAUUUGAGACGUCUGGAAGCCCAAAGAAAUGCUUUGAAUGCAAAAGUUCGGCUACUUAGGGAAGAAUUGCAACUCUUGCAAGAACCCGGAUCGUAUGUUGGCGAAGUAGUCAAGCUCAUGGGCAAAAAAAAAGUUCUAGUCAAGGUACAUCCGGAAGGAAAAUAUGUUGUUGAUAUCGCUCCAGAUAUUGACAUUGUUCAAAUCACACCGACCUGCCGAGUCGCUCUCCGAAAUGAUUCUUAUACAUUACAUAAAAUUCUGCCAAAUAAAGUUGAUCCGCUUGUUUCAUUAAUGAUGGUAGAAAAAGUUCCAGAUUCGACAUACGAAAUGGUUGGAGGAUUAGACAAACAAAUUAAGGAAAUCAAGGAAGUAAUCGAGUUACCUGUGAAGCAUCCUGAGUUGUUUGAAAGCCUAGGGAUUGCUCAACCAAAAGGUGUCUUGCUUUAUGGUCCUCCCGGCACUGGAAAGACUCUUUUGGCACGUGCUGUAGCUCAUCAUACGGAUUGUAAGUUCAUUCGUGUUUCCGGUUCAGAAUUGGUACAAAAAUAUAUUGGUGAAGAACAUGCUCCAUCCAUCAUUUUUAUGGAUGAGAUCGAUUCGAUUGGUUCUUCACGUAUAGAAUCUGGCUCAGGUGGUGGUGACUCAGAAGUACAAAGGACAAUGUUAGAAUUAUUAAACCAAUUGGAUGGAUUUGAACCUACAAAAAAUAUUAAGGCCCGUGCUGAUAUUCUAAAGAUUCAUUCACGUAAAAUGAAUUUAACUCGUGGCAUCAAUUUACGCAAGAUUGCAGAAAAAAUGACUGGAUCUAGUGGAGCAGAAGUCAAGGCUGUUUGUACUGAAGCUGGUAUGUAUGCACUUCGAGAACGUCGCGUACAUGUAACCCAGGAAGAUUUUGAAAUGGCCGUUGCUAAGGUUAUGAAGAAAGGUGAAGAACAAAAUGAAAGUUUACGUAAACUUUGGAAAUAG